UGCCGCUAGCAGCCCUGCCUCAAGCGUGCUGUCGGGAGACCUCUCUUAGCUAAACCGCGAAGCUGAUCUGUCGAUAGGAGAUAUGACAGAACCGUGGACAGAACGUAGGCGUGUGACCAUGACGAAUCAGAUUUCGAGGAAGUCAAUGGUGAAGAGUAGCAAAUUGUGCAACGAGUAAUUGAAAUCUACCAGAUUUGUGAGCUUUCCAACUUUGUUCAAAACUUAUUAUUGUUGAAUUAAUUGAGUACUUUUUUGAAGGGGUUAAAACCUAAAGCCUAAAGUUAGUAGUUAAAACCAUAUUUCUACUUAAAACUAAGAUCAGGCUAGCUGAAUCGGGUCGAGCAGUGAUAAUUUGAUCACGCACAUACACUGAAAGUUUUAAAGCUGUACUGCACCAACUAUCGUGUUUUUUGUGCUGCUGAGAACACAGUGUCUCGUGCCUAUCUCUGCUCCCCGUCAACAGAGCUUUAAAACUUUCACCACUAUGAGUGCUGACAAGUCGCCGGACGCCGAACGAGCGGUAGGAUGCGUUAAAUGCUCGCGCCCCGAUUCGUUCGACAACUUUGUACAAUGCGACCAGUGUGAUGGCUGGUGGCACAUGCGCUGUGCAGGAGUUACAAACUCCGUUUCGGAACGGCCGUGGACUUGUUCAACUUGUCUGCCAUUGAGUGUUUCAUCGUCUAGCAGUAACGCUGCUCGUAUAGCACUACGACUAAAGAAAAUCGAAGAGGAGCGCGCGAUCCAGCGCCUCGAAUGGGAGGCAGAGAAAAGAGCCUUCGAACUGGAGAAAAGGGCCUUCGAACACGAGAAAAAGGCCGUGCAGGAAAAAUAUAGGCUGCUGGAAGAGCAGCUAGCGGAACGAGCGGGCGGAUCUCGACGAAGCCAAGUGAGCCGGCGCUCAAGCAUGCAGCGGGUUAUUUCCUGGGUCGAAAAUCUUUCCACUAAUCCGGAAUUGGAAGGCGCCGUCGGCGGAGCGGUCCCGAGGAAACUCGAAACAGAGGGCGCCGUUAAUCGAACGGGCCAGGGAAAAGAAUUAGAAGAUCGACCAUCGUACGGUGUAUCAGCAGGUAACGAGGUCUCACCCGAAUGCCACAAGCCACCAAACGUAGGACAGCAGCCGCAGGAAUCGAAUGCGAAUCCAGCGCCACAGUCGGCGCGGUUGGAUGCCCAGGAUGGACGAUUGCAGCUCAACGGGAAUCAGCAGCGGAACACUGGCGUGUUUGCUAAAACGCUUCCGAGCAGUCUGUAUCCGAAUUUCCAAGGUCGUACGAACACGACCGAUGGUAACGUAUCUGCCCCUGCACCCCCUGUAAUGCCACCAGGUAAGCUACCAACCAGUAAUAAAAUCCAUGCCAAUCUACCCGCUCAAACGAGCGACGACCCGUACGGAAGUCUUCUAGCCAGACUAGGGUCUUUCAGUGUGUCUCCCAACAAUGUGAGUCCACAGCCACCUUUUGUGACCGAGUCUGUCAUACAAGACCAUGUCACUCCUAUCGUUUCUUUCCCCCCACCAGUUACGGAAAGAAACGAGAAUAUGCUAGGGCAAACAGUCAAUACAGAUUAUGUCAAUAACAGUCAAUCAAAUGCGCCGUUCCCUCGUACGACAGUUACUGUGCCUGACCAUGCACCUUCCCCCUCGCAGUUAGCCGCGCGCCACGUUAUGCCUCGCGAUCUACCCCCGUUCUCUGGUGAUCCCGCGGACUGGCCGAUAUUUAUAAGUGCAUUCGAAAAUACAACCGUCGCGUGUGGAUACUCGAGAGUGGAAAAUCUAGCAAGACUGCAGCGUUGUUUAAAGGGUGCCGCAUAUGAAUCGGUUAGAAGUCGUCUUCUUCUACCAGAAUCAGUGCCGCAGGUUAUCAGUACGUUACAACUCCUAUAUGGACGACCGGAGCUGCUAAUCAACGUAUUGCUGGACAAGGUGCGGUCAACUCCCGCGCCAAGGGCCGAGAAGCUGGAGACGCUAAUUGAGUUCGGUAUGGCCGUGCAAAGUUUGUGCGAUCAUCUAGUAGCAGCUGGUCAACAGUCUCACCUGACAAGCCCUUAUCUGUUGAUGGAACUCGUAGAGAAACUCCCUGCUCACGUGAAGAUGGAAUGGGCGAGUUAUAUGCAGCGCUUCCCAGAUGUGAACCUGAAGACGUUUGGGGACUUCAUGAGUGCAAUGGUGAUUUCGGCAAGCAAGGUGACAUUGUACACAGGCGCGAGUUUCACAAGUACCGCGGACAGAUCAAAAACAAAACCCAGAGGAUCAAUCAACACCCACAUAAGUGAGCCGGAAAUUCACAGACCAAGCCAGUGCUGUGUGUGCAAAGAACUCGGGCACUGUGUUCGGGAAUGUGAUACGUUCAAUGCGUUCUCUGUUGACGAACGCUGGAAAGCUGUUCAAACUCACGAGCUCUGCCGUAAUUGUUUGAACGCUCACGGAUCACGGAAUUGUCGGAAUGCCAGGCAAUGUGGAAUCAACGGAUGCACGUACCGUCAUCAUCGCUUACUGCAUUCGAACCGCAGUAACCGAACUACGAACGCAAAUCCAGCUCUUAACAUGGACUCGGCUGGAAACCAUACGCACCGUUUAGACAAUCAAUCCCUACUCUUUCGUAUUUUGCCCGUAACGCUUCAUGGACCCUCGAAGAAAAUAAAGACGUACGCCUUCCUCGAUGACGGGUCGCACCUUACACUCAUAGAAGAUCAACUUGCAAAGGACCUCGGUGUAGAAGGUAAAACUAUUCCGCUUUGCCUGACCUGGACAGGAGAUGUCUCACGGUUGGAACCAAAUUCGAAGCAGAUACAACUGGGAGUUUCCGGAGUCGAUGGUAGGAGUCAACAGAAGUUGAGCGACGUCCGCACCGUAAAAAAACUCGCGCUUCCUGGUCAAACGCUACGAAUGGAAGAUCUUGGAAGCACUUUCAAUCAUCUGAAGGGUUUGCCCAUAUCUGGGUACGAAGACGCUGUGCCCCGUUUGUUGAUAGGAGUCAAUAACUUGCACCUCACCGUUCCGUUAAAAGUGAAAGAAGGACGUGUCAGUGAACCCGUGGCUGUAAAAACCCGUCUCGGCUGGUGUGUAUAUGGAGGAAGCAGUAAUCGAUUAUCUACUUCACUGAACAUUCACGCGUGCCAGUGUAGUAACGACGGGGACUUGCACGAGUUGGUGAAGAGCUAUUUCACCCUUGAGGACGUCGGAGUGAGUUCAACCAAAGUAUUGAUGUCCGCAGAAGAUAAAAGAGCGCAACAACUGCUUCAAGAAACAACCGUACGAAUCGGCGAAAGGUAUGAGACUGGACUGUUGUGGAAGCGCGAUGAAGUCGAGUUUCCCGAUAGCUAUGGAAUGGCGAUGCGUAGAUUGGAAUGCCUGGAGCGUCGAAUGAGUAAGAAUCACUCCCUGAAGGAAACCUUUAUUCGUCAAAUAGAAGAAUACCAGCAGAAGGGUUAUGCACAUCGAGUUAGUGAUGAAGAGAUGAAGCAAGCGGAUCUCAAGCGGGUCUGGUAUCUGCCGCUCGGAGCAGUGGUAAAUCCAAAGAAACCAGAAAAAGUGCGGCUAAUCUGGGAUGCAGCAGCGGUUGUGGAUGGGAUCUCUUUAAACUCAAUGCUCUUGAAGGGUCCAGAUCAGUUGGCGUCGUUAACAGGAGUAUUAUUCCGGUUUCGGCAGUACAAGGUGGCGGUAUCGUCCGAUAUAAGGGAGAUGUUCCAUCAAAUAAGAAUCAGAGCAGCCGAUCGACACUCUCAACGAUUUCUGUGGCGAGAUGAUCCAUCAAUGCCUGCUGAGGUUUUCAUUAUGGACGUCGCGACAUUUGGUUCUACUUGCUCGCCUGCAUCAGCCCAGUACGUCAAGAACCUGAAUGCAGCGGAGUAUGCGGAGAAGUACCCGAAAGCUGCAGAAGAUAUUGUCAACAACACAUACGUGGACGACUACUUGGCGAGCUUUGAAAGCAAAACAGAAGCAACUGAUAUUGCUGUACAAGUUCGAGCAAUACAACAGGCAGGAGGAUUCUCACUACGAAACUGGCAGUCCAAUAGCGUCGAAGUAAUCCAAGGUCUAGGCGAACCUUCGGCGGCAAGCGGAAUGCAUUCGUUUCAAGACAAAAGCCAGGCGUAUGAGCGCAUAUUGGGCAUGCUCUGGCUCACUGAUGAAGAUGUGUUAAGCUUUAGCACACAGCUGAAGGACGACGUGCAGCAAAUCAUCUAUGGUGACUCAAAUCCAACAAAAAGACAAGUGCUUCGAUGUUUAAUGAGUUUCUUUGAUCCUUUGGGAUUGUUGGGUUUCCUCCUAGUGCACGGUAAAAUACUACUGCAGGAUAUCUGGCGAGCGGGUACCCAGUGGGAUCAGGAGGUUGAAGAAGAACACCGGAAUCGAUGGAGAGAUUGGAUUUCGCUGUUACAGCAGAUUUCAACAAUCAAACUGCCCAGAUGCUAUUUUCCUGAGGCAACACGACUACACUAUCAGCGAUUGCAGCUACACAUAUUUGUGGACGCCAGCGAGGCCGCUUACGCUGCCGUCGCGUACUUCCGGAUCGUCGAUCCAGAUGGAAUCGUUCGAUGUGCAUUGGUAUCAGCAAAAACAAAAGUGGCACCAUUAAAGCCGCUGUCCAUACCUCGGUUAGAGCUACAAGCAGCAGUUCUCGGAACUCGCUUGAUGCGUUUCGUCGAGGAAGCUCACACCAUGGUGAUAACACAACGGUUUUUUUGGUCAGACUCUUCCACCGUUCUGGCAUGGCUUAAGGCAGAUCCCAGAAAAUACAAGCAAUACGUGGCCUGUCGAAUCGGCGAAAUUCUGUCUGUCACCGAAGUGAACGAGUGGCAAUGGGUUCCUACGAAAUUGAAUCCUGCGGAUUUGGCAACAAAAUGGGGAAGUGGCCCUUCGCUGGACGCUGAAGGUGUAUGGUUUAAUGGACCGGAUUUUUUGCUGAAACCUUGCGAAGAAUAG